ACUUCCGGGAAUCAUGGCAGACGAAAAAGAUCCAAGCGUCAUAAAUUGUUUAGAAAAAUUGGAAAAAAUCAAGGAGAUAAGAGGUGCUACUCAACAUGUGGAGAAGCUGAGGGCAAAACUAAAAUCGGAAUUGGAGAGUGCUCUAGAUGAAGAGAAACACUUGUCAGAAUACAAAACUGAAUUAGAGUUGUUGCUCCAGGAAAAAAUGGCUCAUGUCGAAGAGCUUCGUCUGAUUCAUGCAGACAUAAAUCUUAUGGAAUCAACGAUAAAGUCGGCCGAAGAAGAAAAAAGUAGAACAGUACAAAAUGCUCGCAAUCUAUUAGAAGAGUUUGUGCCUUUGAAACAUCAAGUCGAUUCAAUGCGUCUAGUAUUUGGGUUAGAAACAUUACCUGAUUUAGAGCACGACUUGGCUUCAGCUUUAGAAAGACAUGGAAGCGUCGUUCCACAAAGUAACGAAGAAGUAACUCAAACGGCUCCCCCACCUCUUAUCUUACCUGGUAUGGGAUCUAGGCCAGUAGCAGCGAAGGAAACAGCCCCAGCUGCAAUAUCGAGACCAGGCUUUAGACAACAGCCACCACCGAUGAAAUCGUGCCUAUCGUGUCAUCAACAAAUUCACAGAAAUGCUCCAAUAUGUCCGCUAUGCAAAGCCAAAAGUCGUUCUCGUAAUCCAAAGAAGCCAAAAAGGAAGAGCAAUGACGACUAA